AUGGAAGCACCGGACAGUGUGGUAACGAGGAAAACUCCAUGUGCCAAAAAGGUUUCCAAACCACUAAUGGAGAGGAAAAGAAGGGCUCGUAUCAAUAAAUGUUUGAAUCAAUUAAAAAGUCUCCUGGAAAGUGUCUACUCCAACAACAUCCGCAAACGAAAAUUUGAAAAGGCCGACAUUUUGGAGAUGACGGUGAAACAUCUGAGACAUCUGCAAAACACCAAGAGAGGAACCUCCACAAGGUGUGACUCUACUGAAUAUCAAGCUGGAUACAGAAGUUGUCUUGCCGGUGUAAGCCAUUAUCUUUUUACGUCGGACAUACACAAUGAUUCCCUCUCCAUCAUGCUAGCACACCCUACAAGCGGUCUUUCCCGCGCCACAGUUCCUGAUUUCAGCACCGCGGAGAGUGACACCGCAAGGAUCACUGCACCUAGGACAUUAUGUAAAUCACUUGAACCUUCUCUUAAAAGAGACGCUCCUUAUGUCAACUUGCAGCAAAAUGCGGACAGAUAUCAUCACUCUAUGCCGAAGAGGAUUGAAAUUUGUGAUAUGGACAGAAUAUCCUUCGACGCACAGUUUCCAACUAUCAGCAAACAACUGUUGGCUAAAACGUAA